UCCCGGCUCUUCCUUCCUCCGUGCGCCCCCGGCGGGGCCGGCGGAACUGGCCGCGGCCCCCGAACGUUCACCGGCGAUGGGAGGCCGGCCGUUCGGGAAGAGGACGUGACUGUCGGCGGCGAGGAGGCGCUCUUCUGCCCGGGGAAGCGCCUGGAGCGGAGAGCCGGUGAGGGCUGUCCCCUGGCGGUGUCCCCGCAGCCGGGGGGCUGCUGUAGUUCCUCAGUCCGGGAGCACUGAAGAGUAUGCCCUUCCAAAGUGAUGAAUCAUGGAAAGAAUGGUUACGACGAGAAACGAAACCCUCAGAUUUCUUCAAUUACAACCAAGUGGGCAGGAACGUCGGAAAAAGAUCCCAGGCUGGUUAGAGGCUUUAGGUUGUCAGUUUGAAUCCCAGUGAUCGAGAAGGAAAUGCGGUUAAUAACCACCUAACAGUGGAGAAAAAAGGAACUCAAGGAGAUUGGAGAACCGGACAGUAUCCCACGGCUAGCUUAUUUGGAAAGCCUCAGUCUUUCUGGUAGUUGCAAGACGUAGCCAGGGGCUGGUAAGUUCCCUUUCUGAUACUUUCUCUUGCACCUUGAGAGCUGGCAGGAAGGGAAGCUCCUGGACUUUAAUAGACGUGGAUCUUGGUUGAAGUCUCUGUGGGAAAGCCAACAAGAGUCGAAAUCUUCUCAGUAUCACCACUGCCUCCCUACCAAGGUGCUUUCCUUCCAACAUCACAGAUCAUAACUGAGAAAGGCAGAAACACUCCAGAUGUCUUCCAAUAGUUACCAAGUUUCUGUCCCAAUGUCAAAAAGAAACACCAAUUGCAUCCCGGAGACAACCUCCAAUGACCUGAAGACGUUUACUGGAGGAGCUGUGUUAAGUUUUCAUAACAUCUGCUAUCGAGUAAAAGUGAAGAGUGGCUUUCUACUUUGUCGGAAAACAGUUGAGAAAGAAAUACUAAAGAAUGUCAAUGGGAUCAUGAAACCUGGCCUCAAUGCCAUUCUGGGACCCACAGGUGGAGGCAAAUCUUCGUUGUUAGAUGUCUUAGCUGCAAGGAAAGAUCCACAUGGAUUAUCUGGAGAUGUUUUGAUCAACGGACAACCUCGACCUGCCAAUUUUAAAUGUAACUCAGGUUACGUGGUGCAAGAUGAUGUCGUGAUGGGAACUCUGACAGUGAGAGAAAACUUACAGUUCUCGGCAGCUCUCCGGCUUCCAACAACUAUGACAAAUCAUGAAAAAAAUGAACGGAUUAACAUGGUCAUUCAAGAGUUAGGUCUGGAUAAAGUGGCAGAUUCCAAGGUUGGAACUCAGUUUAUCCGUGGUGUGUCUGGAGGAGAAAGAAAAAGGACUAGUAUUGCAAUGGAGCUUAUUACUGAUCCAUCCAUCUUGUUCCUGGAUGAGCCCACAACUGGCUUAGAUUCAAGCACAGCAAAUGCUGUCCUUUUGCUUCUAAAGAGGAUGUCUAAACAAGGACGGACAAUCAUCUUCUCCAUUCAUCAGCCUCGUUAUUCCAUCUUCAAGUUGUUUGAUAGCCUUACCUUGUUGGCCUCAGGAAGAUUAUUGUUCCACGGGCCUGCUCAGGAGGCCUUGGGUUACUUUGCAUCCACUGGUUACCACUGUGAGCCCUAUAAUAACCCUGCAGACUUCUUCCUGGACGUCAUUAAUGGAGACUCCUGUGCUGUGGUGUUAAACAGAGAAGACACAGACGGUGAAGCCAAGGAGACUGAAGAGCCUUCCAAGACAGAUACUCCACUCAUAGGAAAAUUAACUGAGUUUUAUGCCAACUCCUCCUUCUUCAAGGAAACAAAAGUUGAGUUAGAGCAACUCUCAGGGGGUCAGAAAAAGAAGAAUAUUUCAGUCUACAAGGAGAUCACCUAUGCCACCUCCUUCUGUCAUCAGCUCAGAUGGAUUUCCAGGCGUUCAUUCAAAAACUUACUGGGUAAUCCCCAGGCUUCUGUAGCUCAGAUAAUUGUAACAAUCAUUCUGGGACUGGUGAUAGGUGCCAUUUUCUACGAUCUAAAAAAUGAUCCUGCAGGAAUCCAGAACAGGGCCGGGGUGCUCUUCUUCCUGACCACCAACCAGUGUUUCAGCAGCGUGUCGGCCGUGGAGCUCCUGGUGGUCGAGAAGAAGCUCUUUAUACAUGAAUAUAUCAGUGGAUAUUACAGAGUGUCAUCUUACUUCUUUGGAAAACUGUUAUCUGAUUUACUCCCCAUGAGGAUGUUACCAAGUAUUAUAUUUACUAGCAUCACGUACUUCCUGUUAGGAUUGAAACCACAGGUGGAGGCCUUCUUCAUCAUGAUGCUUACCCUGAUGGCGGUGGCUUAUUCAGCCAGUUCAAUGGCACUGGCCAUAGCAGCAGGUCAGAGCGUGGUAUCCAUAGCAACGCUCCUCAUGACCAUCUCCUUUGUGUUUAUGAUGAUAUUUUCAGGGCUGUUGGUAAAUCUCAGAACCGUUGUGCCUUGGCUCUCAUGGCUUCAGUACUUCAGCAUUCCUCGAUAUGGCUUUGCGGCUUUGCAGCAUAAUGAAUUUUUGGGACAAAACUUCUGCCCAGGACUCAAUGUAACAACAAACAGUACCUGUAGCUAUGCAAUAUGUACUGGCGAAGAAUUUCUGGAAAACCAGGGCAUCGAUCUCUCGCCUUGGGGCCUGUGGAGGAAUCACGUGGCCUUGGCAUGCAUGAUCGUUAUCUUCCUUACAAUUGCCUACCUGAAAUUGUUAUUCCUUAAAAAAUUUUCCUAAAUUCCUCUUUAAUUUACAUGAUUUACCCCACAUUAAAAAGGGAGCAUCUUGAUUUCAGUAUUCAGUG